AUGAUUCUUCUCCAGGCUGAAGGUGUGCUGUACAGUAUGAGCGCCGUUGCACGCGGUUGCCUGCAGGCGUUCGCCAGGGUUCUUCCCGAUUUGGUGAUGAGAGGGUGCGCCACAGCUCGCGAUUCUGACAAUGGCGGCCCAGAGCCUUCGCGUGGCUCGAGAGCCCCCUCGCCGUCGGCACCUCGUCGGCCCGUCGUGUGCUACGGUGUGGUCGCCGAGGUCGAGGGUGCAGAGGAGCCGCCGAUUCCUGGUGGCCGUGCCCACGUGGCCUCGCUUGUCUCGUGCACCCCCUCGCAGGGUCCUGGCGUGCGUGAGAGUCGUGGCUCAUCGGGGGUCGUCAGCUCCCUCGCUCGGGCGGAGUGCGGGCAAGAACUGCAGAUUCUGACGGUCGUGGCCAGUUAG